AGUGUGAUUGCAGGGGCUUGGUGCUAAAUCUCUCACAUAGACACAGCUAGCAUUUCCGUGUUGAGUUGACCUCACAUGACCAUUUCAUAUUUUCAUGCAAUUCUUAUUCUGGUAAUAGUUUACAAUCUUGGGAUUUGAGUCACUUGGCAGACUUUUUCAUUUCGCCUAUCUUUUUAUUUAGUAUUUUAUUUUAUGCAUUUAUUCCUACAGAUCCACUUUAAUAAUUACCCACUCAAUAAUAUUAUUAGAACACGUUAUUUCAAUAUUUGGUGCAGAAACCUUUUCAGCUCUACCUCACCUUAUGCCACGACAGCCUCUUGACUACGAGAAGGGCAGGUUGGUCGCAUUGAUAGUGUCUGCCCAGAACGAGGUUCCGCUAGUGAACAGCCUGACAUCUUGGAACACCAUCCCCGUGGAGUUGAGCGUGAGCGAUGUGGACGAGGGCCCCGAGUUUUCCCCUCUCAUCAAAGUGAUCCGGGUGAAGGAGAACACUCCCAUCGGAACUAUUCUUGGCUCCUACAUGGCUUUGGACCCAGAGACCAGGAGCAACACCGGCAUCAGAUACCUCAAGGUGUCAGACCCUGGCUCCUGGCUGAGUGUGGGUGAGGAAACAGGGGAGCUGAAGGUCACCAACCUCAUAGACCUUGAGUCUGACCUGGUGACCAAUGCAAUGUACAACAUCACCGUCAAUGCUGUUGACCCGAGUUCCAAGUCAGGUAUGGGCAUGAUUACUCUGCUGAUUGAGGACACUAAUGACAAUAUACCUGUGCCGGACGAUCGGGUUCUCGUGCUGUGUGAGGAGGAAGGAAAGAGGGGUUCAGUUACCGUGAUGGCACACGAUCCAGACCUAUUGCCUUACUCCAGUCCCUAUGACUUCCAACUCUCUGGAGAGUCGCCGAAAAAAUGGAGGCUGAGAGAUGCCCAGAACAUCUCUGUGGUGCUGGAGCAGGCCGUGGACAUGCCGCGGGGGAACUACGAGGUGGAAAUGCGCAUCGCAGACCUCCAGGACAAGGGCGACGUCCAGGUGGUGAACGUGAAAGUUUGUCGGUGCUUGGGGGGACAGUGUGUUGCCGCUCACGAGUUCGGUCGGAACGAUGGGAGCGUGGGGCACUUUGGCCCUGCUACUUGCUCUGGCCAGCUGCUCCUGCUCUGUGAGUGUGACGGAAUAACACGCAUGUCAUCAGACAAUAUGGACACAACUUCCCUCCAUCACUACACUACGAAACCAAUACUAGGAGUUCUAAACUACUAA